AUGUCGUAUAGCCUUGCAUAUACGUUCUCAUGCCAGAAGGACUCCAUCAAUUGCCUUGCUUUUUCUGCGGACGGCUUGUACUUGGCAAGUGGCUCUGAUGACUGUACCGUUUCCGUGCACGACUGCGUGCGAGGUAUCGAGGUCCAAAAGCUUGUUGGUGACGCCCCUGUCACUGCUCUGCUCUGGCACGCAAAUGGCGCAGGAGGUGAGAAGUUGUUCAUCGGCUAUGGGAAUGGUAAACUGAGGUUUAUCGACAUUCUAUCGGCCGUACCGGACGGGAUUCAGUUCCCUGUGAAUGGCGACUUCCCGAUUGAAGGCCUCGACCACGAUACUACCAGCGGCAUGUUGGCAGUAUGCACCACUCGUGAAGUGAGACUUUGGCAACAGCAUCGAGCAAGCUACCCCAUCCGAGGCAAUUGGACGUCGCCCCCGUCACGGACGCCACCCAUGCCGUAG